AUGAUACAGGACAAAUGGUUCGGCCAUGCUGUUGAGUUUACAAGGCAGUCCAAGCCUUCGGGUGCUGCUUUCAGAAAGCGAAGAAGAGAAGAGGAGGAGAAACGGGCUCAAAGUCGAGAUGCUCUGAGAAAAUAUCUACAGCCACGACAGGGGCCAACUGUAGAAGCUGCUGCAGAAGAGGCAGCAAGCUCGGUCUCACAGUUACCUUCUCCUGUGGCUGUUAGUGACAGUGACAGUGAACAUUCAUCUCAAGCAUUAAGCAGAAGCACAGCAGUGAUUGAGACACAACUUCAAAAUGUUGAUGCUGGAGCAGUCAGUGAAGCACCAAGCAGCAGCACUGUAAUUCUUCAGACACCACCUCAAACGGUUGAACCAGAAGGACCCAGCACCAGCAGUCUCAAUACAAUCCGCCAGCCUACAGGCGCUCCAUCAACAUCAACAGAUGUAUGUGAGCCCAUCUCAGCAGCCCCCAUUGAUCCCGCUGAUUGGCCACCCAACUUGUCUGAUUCAGAGAGGACUGAAUUGGUUAGUCGAGGACCACCUGUAAUAAGGUCAGACUUCUCGUUCCCCAAAAAACAGGAUGGAAGAAGUUGCCAUCACCGCCAUUUCUUCAGACUGUUGACCAAUGGGGAAAAAAUCAAAAGGUCAUGGCUCAUGUAUUCAAAAAAGAAAGAUAGUUUGUACUGUUUCUGCUGCAAGCUCUUCUCACAGAAGACUUUUAAACUUAGCAAGGAUGGCACUGAUGACUGGAAAAACUGUGGUGACAUACUUAAAACACAUGAAAACAGUAAAGAACACACAAAUAACAUGGGAAGCUGGAGAGAACUUGAAAGUCGUUCAAAAAAGGGUCAAACAAUUGACAAUAUUGAGAUGGCCAUAAUACAUGCUGAAAGGAGGAGAUGGCGGGAAGUUCUCACCAGACUUGUGGCAAUUAUUAAGUCACUGGCAGAGAGAAAUAUUGCACUCAGGGGUUCCACAGACCAACUUAAUCAGCCAAACAAUGGAAAUUUCCUUAAGGAAGUGGAGUUAAUGGCUCAGUUUGAUCCUGUGCUGAAAGAGCACAUUAUUAAGAUUGAAGGAGGAGCCAGUCACACAACCUACCUGGGGAAGACCAUUCAAAAUGAACUGAUUGACUGCCUUAGUGAAAGGAUUUUGCAUGCCAUUGUAAAGGAAAUCAAUGAGUCCAAAUAUUACGCAAUCAUUUUAGACUGCACACCUGAUGUGAGCCAUGUGGAGGGGGGGGGCGCCGUAUUACUAUUUUGCCUAGGGUGCCUGUGAACCUAGGGCCGGCCCUGGGCGUAUGUUAGUAUUCAUAGCGGGAUUAACAGUAAUAGAAUAUUCUGAUAUUAAGCUCGACUGCAGACAGGUAUUUUGCAAACACUGUAAACACACACACUAAUAUGGGAGACGCCAGUGUUUACAAACAGUGACGUCACGAAGUCACGUGAUUACCGCGCUGGUUGGCAAGAGGAACCAGAGGAACAAUGGCUGAUAACUAUCCUUCCAUGAAAUUGUCCGAUUAUGCUCAAUCCUUAUCACCUGAGGCCCGACAAAUAUAUGUGAGUAAGCUGAGAUAUCAGGGAAACGGUAACAUCUUGCCAGAUCCCUACAAUUUGAAGACUGGGUGGGUUGACGAUCCUUCAUUGUGGCCGGACAUUUCCUUCACCGACAUUUAUUUUUAAUUGAUUGACACCGCUGGGCAGUUCACCCACCCAAAAAUAUACAAUUAUGAAUUAAAAAUAAUAUAUCUUAUGUUAAUCUUCAACAAGAUGUCAAAGAAACGUCGAGAAGUUGCUGUAUUUUUUGUCUGCAGUAUGGCUUCUAUGUAACAGUAACAGACCCACAGUAACAGACCCAUCGAAAAUAGGACAAUUCUAAAAAACGAUCGCUAGACGCAUACAGAAACAAAUGUGGUUAUAAAUAGGAGGCUGCUGGCUUAAGGAGAUGUUAUUGAAUAUGCUUCAUUCGACUUUAGUAUACUUUCAUCGCCUAAAAAGCGAUCAGUAACACAUGACAACACUGAACCAAACCGAAAGUGUAGAGAUCGCUUCACGCGAAGGAUGCAACACUAAAUCAAUAUCUUUUGGUAAUUAAGCUCAAAGUUGGACAUACUGAACAUGCUAAACUGUUGAAUAGUUUACUUGAAGAAAAGUGGGAGCCACAAACACGAUCUCUGCUGCUUACUGGGGUACAAUUUUUCCUCUUGAUGGCUGAAGCCACCGCCAUCUUCUCUCUCCUGAAAUCAGUAUUCGGUGAAAUUUCAAGCCUGAUCCCUUCUCAAAACGCUUUGUACAACCAACAACUACACACGCUAUUACCAUUGUGGUAAAUACAUGUGCAAUUUCAUUCAUGAAAAGUGAUAACUUUACGUAUUUGUUUCAAACUGUGGGGAAUAUUCAUUUUACAUAUCUAUUAAACUAUCAUGUUUUAUUGCUUUUUUGCUUAUUAUUUAAAAUCAUUUAAUUACUCCUUUGCUUAUCAAUUACAAUCAUCAUUUUAUUACUUUUUUACUUAUCACUUAUAAUUGUCAUUUUAAUUACUUUUUACUUAUUGCUUAUGAUCAUCAUUUUAUUACUUUUACUUACAAUCAUCAUUUUAAUUACUCUUUUACUUAUCACCUUCAUUUGAUCAUAUUAUGUGUUAAUCAUUUAUUAAUGUGCUUGCAACUUGUAUUAACCCUAUAAUCAAAUGUAUUAAAGUGCUUAUGAAUGCAUGUUUGAAUUCUAGCUCUGAACAGGGAGAAAAAAGUGUUGAUCUAAGCAGGUUCUGCAAGUUUCGACAUCUAAACCUAAGGAAAGUGAGUUUAAGGUAAACGCUCCAUGCUCCACUUGACUAAAAGGGUUGCGGUUGCAUCUGACCUUUCAAGAGCUGGGGGAAAAACUUUCCCCCCUCGCUUCAAACUGACAAACUGGAACAAGAAUAGCAUCUAGGAUGGCAGUUUAGCGUGGUCAGGUGACAGCUUCUUAAUUAAAAGUAAAGAACAUCCGUUAAAACUAUGUGAUAGCUGGAAGAAAGAGGGGGGUCUGCGGUUACAGAGAUGAGCAGGUUGUCACGUACGCACAGAAAGGCAGAGAGAGGGUGAAAAGUUGAAACAGCAGCUAGAUGCUUAAACAAGAAUAAAAGUUAAAGUACUGAACCAUAAAACAAUGUUGAGAAUUAAGAUUAAAAUAUUAAGCUUCGUGAGAAAAUACCAUAGAAGAAUCUAAAUUAGCAAUGUAUUAAAUUAACAAUAAAAUGGGGAAGAACAUAGAAAUCUUAUAUUAAUUAAUAAAGAUUAAAGCAAAUCAAUAAAGGGAAUGGGAUCAUUCAAAUCUGCCAUAUAGGUGUGAUUAAAUUAUUAAAAUUGUUGUUCAAAGUUAAGUUGAAUAAAACUGAAUCAGUAAAUUGUUUAAUUCAACACCAAAUGGAAUAGAAAUCUGCAGAUUUCAGCAGAACUGAGCUCUUAAAAAUUUGUGUAAAGGACACAGGGAGCGGCCACAUACACACACAUUCAGAGACACCUUUUGCAGGAGGAAGACGGCGGUGAUUGGACAAGACCCAAGACAUCCGGAAAGGCCGUCUUGGCGGGGGCCAAUCAGAAGACUGCAAAUUCUUAGUUAAAAACUCAUGUAUUAGCUUAGAGAUUCAUUCUUUCUUGUGAUCACAGCUGCAUGCAGAAAAAUCAUUGUCUUAGCUUUAGCAAUUCUGCUGUCAGCGUUGAGCAAGUUAGAAUCUGCAUGCAUGCAUAAUCUGUUCAUCCUUUGCAUUUUUUACUAAAUAUUCUUGACUGAA